AUGUAAUAAGUUAAAUAUCCAUAAUUUGAUAUUCAAUCUCCUGAAUAGAGGGACCAUGCACAGCCCUAAUUAUUCUAGAAUACCCAAGAAGACAUUAAAUACAUACCAGUUUUGCCACAACAGAAUCCUAAUUUUCAACAGUAUCAAUAAGUCAUACUCCCAUAUUCAUAAUAAAUCAAUAAUAAUCAACCAAAUUAUUACAACCUCGAUUAGCCACUUCAACCGGUCUACUCCAAAUUAUUGAAAGACUAAGAUUUCUUAACUUAAAAGUUCUUUUUAAGCAGCAUUUUGGGAAUGUUCACAUUAUGGACCUUCUUAUUUGUCUUAUUCUUAUUUGUGAUGUAAGUGUCGUUUUCAAAAUUAUUUUAUGAACACCGAAGUUCAUAUCCUUAUUGCAUUUCUGCAAGUGUUAUUUUAUUGAUUGUUUUAGUAAAAUUGGGAUCAAUGGAAAGAUUUAGAUAAGUAAAUAAAUCAUAAUACAUUAAUUAGUCAGGAUUAGCACUUCUAUUUUACUUUGGAUCUAUCUUUGCAUAUACCUUAAUUUUCUUUUUUAUCUUAAGAGCCUCUUCUUCAGGUCCUAAUAGCGAUUUGCCAAGUUCUUUUAUCGUUGGCAUAUUCAUAGUGAUCCCAUUAUUCGCUAAUUUCAUAGUUACCAUUAUUUUGUUAAUAUAUAUCCUAAUAGAAAACAAGGAAUUCAGAUUUUAAAAGGUCUUAUUUUGUGAGUUCCUAUGUGUCUUGCCUUUUGCUAUCAUUUUUGUUCCAAUGAUACUUAGUUUAAUAGUCUUGAUGCCAUACACAUUGUUAUUGAUGAAUGUCUUGAAAUAAAUUCAAUCUGGAAGAUUUAAUUUAAAUAAGGAUUAAGUACUGAGUGGAACUUUGGCUGCCUAUUAUGGAUUAUUUAUCCCGUUUGAUUUAUUUGAUUGAUAUUUAAUUA